UUGACGUGGCAAAGAGAUCCGGACGUGACAUCGCUGCACAUCAUCAGCCCUCCUCCUCCUCCUCCCCUCUUCUUCUUCACUUACCUGACUUACCUACAAACAUCUGCAGCCACUGGUCCCGGAGCAGAGCAGAGUCCUGGUUCACGAUCGGAACCAGGAGCAGGAGCAAUAAUGUGGCUGAUAGUGUUGGCCAGUUUACUUCAGUGCGCCUCGGCCUACGAUGUGGAUCUGAAGAAACUGGACGGGCUGGCAAAAGCGAGGGUGGAGACAUGCGGUGGAUGACAGCUGAACAGGCUCAGAGAGGUCAAAGCCUUUGUGGUCCAGGACAUUCCUCUUUACCAUAACCUGGUGAUGAAGCAUAUUCCUGGGGCCGACCCUGAGCUUGUCCUCCUGAACCACUAUUACGAAGAGCUGGAUCGGAUCGCCCUGUCCGACAUGACCCGCUCUGAGAUCAACGAGCUGCUGGAGAAGCUUGGUUUCUACAAGAAGGCUCAAGCUGAGGAUGAGGUGCCGGAGGAGUUUCGCUUCUCUCCUGCCAAAGACAGCCCGUUUAAAGACGCGCCGCCGUACAAAUCUGCCACUUCCUCUCUUGCCACAGAGAAUGAAUCCAAUGCAGGAGUCAAGCAUACUGACCUAUAACCCGUCAAGAGUGAAGAAGUAGGAAUCUCACAGUACCACCGACCCCCAUUGCUGCUCCACGACCAGCUGGUUAUUGCAGUUGAUAAUAGAAAUGCUUGUCAUUUCAAAAUAAGGCCAGCAGAUCCUGGAUCAGCCCUUGGGCAAGGACAAAAUCUUAGCAUCAGCAAAAGGCCUUUAAGAUGUCCACAGUCUGCACAUAUUGUUCUUGCUGUUUGUUCUUAUGUUUGCAGCAAUAAUAACCCUUCAGGCUGCUUUGUGAGUGCUUUUCUACUCCCCACACAAAGACUGGAAGUGUGUAUGUUUUGUUUUUUGGUCUAUCAUGUUGUCAUCAGGCUCCUCACCUCACUUGAGUUCUCUUGGGUGUCUGAUUGCUUCCUACCUGCUGUGAAACUGAAUGAAGCCUCAGGCUGAAAACUGUCUGACAGGCCUGAGGUUGAUGCUACAUGUUCUGGUGGGUUGGACUGACGCACACAAGAGGAUUCAAGUGGAAGUGUUGUAAAAGAAGAAAAUAAUAAAAUGUGAAGGUUGUCUA